AUGCUUGAGGCGGGGCGGGCGUGCCAGGUCCGCGUGCGGUAUUGGAGCGCAGCGCUAAACCGCUCCUACACUUUGCGGCACGGCAUCCCGCUCGUUGAGUCUGUCCUGAUCGGCCACAACUCAGAUCUCAGGUUUGCAGAGGUGGGUGCCGUCUACGACAAGGAGGUGCUCGAGAGCCCGCCCGCAGUCAGAGGUGAGAGGACGUGUGGAGCCUCGCACCUCAUCGUCGUGCACGGCAACGGCGAUGCGACCGCGAAGGGCUUCCUGCCUUCUCUCGAGAGCCGGGGGAUGGAAAGCGUCGUGCUGGUGCAAAUCGGGGACCCACCCCUCCCUCAGCCGAGCGCCGCUGCGCGGCUCAACGAUAGCCGCCUCGCAGCCUGGUUUGUGAGCUCGCCGCGGCUGAGCCAUCCAAAGCUGCACCCGUUCCCGCGCGGCGUCUUCAACACCGACACGACGGAUCGCAUGCUCCGGGCGGGCGAGGCGUCUGGGAGGGGCUUGGAGCGUCGCGAGCGGCCACUGCUGCUGUGGUGCAGCUGCAUGACCCUCUACGGCCGCUACGACGGAAGGCGGAUACCUCCUGCGGCGCGGCGCGCAACAAAGAUGGAGGCGCUGCGCAAGAACGGGGCGAGUGAGCAGAUACUCGACUCCAAGUUCGUCUUCUCUCCGUGGGGCACGGGUCACAACAACCACCGGGAGUGGGAGGCGCUGGCCUCCGGCGCGACUUCCAUCCAGAGCAGGCGCCGCCCUUGCUUCCCGCCUACCACGCCGCCCGGAAUGCCGGUCGUGCAAGUGGAGGACUGGGCCAACGUGACAACUGACUUCCUCGAGCACACGUGGGAGCGGAUGCAGCGACAAGAAUUUGACCUCGCGAAGGCCUUCUUCCCUUACUGGCUCGACGCGCUGCUGCAGUCCAUCCACUCGCGGCAGCUGAAGUCGAACUUCCACUCGAUGCGGCUCGCGCCGGAUUGUGAGCUCGGCGAGCGAGCGCUGCAAUUGCGACCGCAGUGGCUCAGCUCAGCCAGGGCUCGCUCGCCCGAGCUCGGAGCCGCCGGCGGUCAUGGGCAGCAACAAAGGUUUGACGCGUCGCUCGGUGCAGGAGGGCAAUGCAGUGGAGGUGCAGUGGCCGUCCGGCGCGCGCGCGAUGGGCUGCAGCUUCAUUGGCAGCUACCAGAGCGCGUCUGGAGCGCUGCCAUUGUGUGA